GGCUCCGCCCCGGCGGGCGGACGGCAGCGCCCGGGGGCUGCGGUGGCCCCGCCGCCAUGGAGGCGCUGUCGCUGCCCGCGCCGGGCCGCCGGGGGCCGCCGGGCGCUGCGGAGCCGGGGGAGCCGCCGCGAAAGCGAGUGUGCAAGCUGUUAGAAACCUUUCCAAAUGCGGCCGAUGCUCGCCUCAUUGACUGUGCUAUGGAGCUGGAUUCCAAACAGAAACUCUCCUCUGGCUGCGGUCCGUGGGAUACAAAGCCAAAGCCAAAUUCUAUGAUUUUUGAAAACCAAGGAAGCAGAGGUACUGCCCAGCCUUGCCCGAGAUGUAUUGCUGGAGAAUCUCUUCAGCUGUAAGAACCAAGGAAAACAAUUUGCCAACUACUGAGUGAGAACUGGAAUCUCAAAAGUAAAGAAUUUUCCUACGAACUGACCUGCGCUGGCAAAAUAGCAGCUCAAGUUGGUGUUAUUCGAAUCUGGAGCCCUUGUGUAGCUGCUCGCUAGACUUCUUGCUAAAUUAGCCUCGUGUCAUUGAGUUGAAACAGAAACUGCUUUGCUUAAAGCAGGGUGAUUUAAAAUAUGACUGAAUUUUAUGAAAUUCUGAUUUCCGUGAUUUUCCCUGUAGUGGGGAAAAAGUUUAUCCCUAUCUGUUGCCUAAUGUCAAAUACAAAUUAGAGUUUAAGUAGUAAGAUGCAGUGUUUGGUAAUGGAAUAAGCAAGCUAGCGUGUAUAUUCACUUCUCUAUUAUUUGAGUCAUGGGCCUGGAACAAUCUGCGGAUGAAAGAAAAACCUGACUGCUUUUGCACUGCUGGCUUGCUUUUGCAGAGAGGGGGGAUUCUCUUUGGCUCCCAGUUCCAGUCAGCAGAGUUUGUUGGUUUGCACUGACUGCCACACAAAGACGGGCCUAGAGCAGCUGGAACUGUGUUAGAGUGUAGCUGAACUCACGUUGUGCUGAGCUCCUAACGCCAUCCUGAUACAGGGGGCUCACGCGAGUGUCCCUGCGUUCACAGCAUAACUCAGCCCUAAGCCCUCUAACUCCUGAUGAUGAACUGACCGUAUAGAUUUGUUAGCUCUGUUCUCUUCAGAUGAUCCCUUACUUGUGGCCAGUACCACAACGGAUAAUACAGUUAUAUUUUGAUAAAUUUAGUAGGAAUUAUAUUAGUAAAUUAUCUUUAUUCUUAAAAUAAUAAAAAGCUUAUAUUACGCGUACAACGUGUAGUAAUCUGAUUUGAGCUCAGAUAACUUUCUUCAGAGUUAAAAUUCAGCUCAGGAAGAUCAGAUUGUCACAGAGGUUGAGAUGCAUCACGGAAGUCCCUCACAACAGCUGAAACAAACGUAAACGAGGAGCCCACAGGCAGCAAGAUAAAUCGUGCUGUAAUUUUUUUCAUAAUAAUAAUGUUAAAAUCCUCUAAGAAAUUGUAUUCUGCCGGUGGUAGGGAAAUUCAAAAACAUUAAAACAUCCAAACUGGAGUAUGGCAAACACGAAGCAUACUGGGUUGAGACCAUUUUACAUGGUUGUGGGUAGUCUUAUCAGCAUUGUAUUCUGUGUCAAAAAAUCCAAUAUUUAUAACGCUAAUUGGUCAUCAUUGGAGGAACUUCACUAACACCAGCUUUACUGAACUCAUUUAAUGCUGUGUUUUACCCUAUGUGCCAUGAAGUUUAACACAAUUUGAGUAAAGAGUACUUCUUUGCUAGCUGCAAAUAUUUAACCUUUCUUUGGACUGACGUGUCAGUGACUGUUUAGGUGAAGUGUUACGCAGGAGAGAAGGAAGGUAGGCAGGGUUUUAGGGGUGAGAAGAACAUCAUCAUUCCCAAGAGUUUUCUGUGCUACAGAGUAACUAGAGAUGAAGCUCUUUGCUGUGAAAGUAUUAACUUGAGUACAUUAUUUAAGCAAACACAAUGUGAUAUAAACCAAUGUGAAUUUAAGUUUAAAGUAGAAAUUGCCACCCCAAAACUAAAUUUCUGUUCUAUUUGCAAAAGCUUUAAACAUCUGAUUGUUAAAUAGAAUAAGGUAUCUGGUGUUCUAUAUGCAAGCAUGAUGCUAAAAUUGUCUGUACUCUUGUAUACUCUUGAUGUUUUUAGUUGUCCCUAGUUCUUCAGGAGAAAAGGGAACAUUGUGGUGCUGUUAGUGGAACUGUCGCUUUCUUUUAAAAUAAAGUUUGAAAAUGCAUCCUGAGACA